CUUGCAUCGAAAUUUGAUUUACAAUUUACAAAGAUAAAUUCAGAUCACAAAAGUUUAUUAAUUUAGCAUGCUAAAGAAAGAAAAAAUAAAAUGUCUGAUUUAAAAGUGUGCAGGAUAUGUCUUAAUAUAGACGUAAAAAUGUACGAAUGGGAAAAACAUCAGUUAAAAGACUAUUACGAACAGAUAAUGUCAACAAAGCUGAAGAAAAAUGAUACUUUGCCUAGAUUCUUCUGUUAUGAAUGUGCUGCUUUGUUACAUAAAUUUUACAAAUUUAAAAACAAAUGUGAAAAUGGUCUUAAUGAACUCAAACGGCUGUUGGGAAGUGGUGGAGUAACUCUACAGAAAGUGGCUAAAAUUGAUAGAGCAACUCAAAAUCUAGACACAACAAUAGGUGUAACAAUGAUAACAACCAGAGUCAAAACAUACUUUGAAAGGCAUCGCAGAAUUCUUAAACGUAAAUCAAGAGAAAAUCCCUCAAUCACUAGUAUCAGUUUAGAAAUGGUAAACAUUCCUGAUGACGAUCAAGCAGAGUCAAUUAAAAAUGAUGAUGAUCACAAUGAAAUUAAUGAACAAAGUGAUAUAGUCACCUGUGAACAAGAAUCUGCUGAUAAAAUGGACUUUUUAAUUGAUGAUGAUGAUAAAGCCGAAAACAUCACAGAAGAAUGUACAGCCUCUGAUAAUAAUAUAGAAGUUAAUGCUACCGAUAUACAAUAUGAGGAAGUAAUAAAAGAAAUAAAGUUACCAAAAUUAUAUAAGAAAAGUAAAAGUAAAAAGAAACGGAAAAAAAUUGAGUUGAAAGCUAUAGAAAGAAAGAAAAGAGAACUGAAUGAAAAAAACUGGCAGAGAUUUUAUUUGACUGAAGAAGACGCUGUAAACGAAUUUCAGUCACGAGCCCAAGACCCAAAGUACAUCAGCGCUGUUUACAAGUGUACAUUUUGUCUGAAAGGGUUCUCUAAAGAGGACAUGAUGAAGAGGCACAAUAAAUUAAGGCACAGUGAGUCAAACGGCUCGAUCGAGUGUCGCUUCUGUCGGAUCCGCUUCAAGUGGAAGUCGCUCCUGAGGAGACACAUUCGUGAACAUUACAAUAAGUACAAGUGCUUGCGAUGCGACCUCAUAUUUUCCAGAGAGACGUCAGCCCAGCAUCAUGAUCAGUUCCACAACGGUGUGACGAGAACGUGUGAAUACUGCAACGAGACAUUUAAACAUCUGUCGACGUACUACACGCACCUCCGGAAGCACAGGAGCAAACAUCUGUGUGCUCUGUGCGGAGAGUCCUUCGUCAGCGAAUUUGGACUCUACAUGCACAGGAGGGUGAAGCACGUCAUGGACGCCGAAAGACAAGAAGAUGAUUCGAUUGAGGAAACCACGUACUGUGAGAGGUGCGAUAUCAAAUUUGAAUCGAGGCGAGCUUACGAGGAGCAUCUGAUACAUUCCGCCAUGCAUUCUAUCUCAGGAGAAUCACCCGCGCCCAUGAACUUAAAGGGAGGGACCGUUGUAAGAAGAGCUCCAAGAAAACAAACACCCUGUACCAUUUGCAACAAGAACUUCUCGACCCUGGUGGCGUACAUGAAGCACCACCAGGCGGAGCACCCCGGGCAGCCCGCGCCGGCCGCCGCGCGCGCCCCGCCCUCCGCCGACCCGCACCAGCGCCACAUCUGCGAGAUCUGCGGGGCUCUGCUGGCGCCGAACAGCAUGUACAGUCACGUGAACACGCACACGCGCGAGAAGCAGUACACGUGCGCGACGUGCGGCAUGCAGUUCAACGCCAAGGGAACCCUCCAGAGGCACUACCUGACGCACACGGGCGAGAAGCCUGUGGAAUGUUCGCUGUGCGAUAAGCGGUUCACUCAGGUGGCCAGCAUGAAGCUGCACUACAGGACCAUACACUUGAAACAACCUUAUCCGAAAAGGAAUCGAAAGAAGAAAUCCGAAGACUCCGAUGAAACGGCUCUCAUAGCGGAAUAUUAUCAGAACAAGGAAGCGGCUGACGACUUGCCUUUAGAGAGAUGGAGGACCAUGCGCUUGUGAACGCCACUCCGUGGUUUGGCACCUAAGCCUCUCUGGUCUAGUAGGUAAGACGUCCGUGCUCCAAGUCUUGGUGGAUGAGUACACGUGCUCGCGGUCUCGGAGCCCUUGACAGGGUUGCCACUGCGCAACUUCAGACACCCGGAAGACCGAUUAAUGCCAAUAAAGAAUACAAUACGCGUCCUCUUUGAGCAAUUUAAUUCUUAUAUUUUAUAUUAAAUAUGCAAGAAUAACUUCUCGUGAACCUAUUUGAGAAUCCCGGUCAGUGUUGCCACAUUCUCUAGAACUUGAUUUGGGUGCAUAAUAUAUUGAGCAACUAGUAUUUUCUUGUGUUGCGGUUACUGUGAACACACGAGACCAGAACGAGCCAAUCCAGACCCCUAUUUUUUUUUUAAUACCUUAUUAUGGCUUACGGCCCACUGAUGAUGAAUAGUCGUCGUCGGUCACGAACGUCAGCGAAGCUGCUGCCCUACCUCCAAUAAAAAUACUCAUUAUGACUGAAUAUCGAACCCGGAACAUACUAUGAAUUUCUAAACUAUAAUCCUAAACAACAAAUGAAUAGGUCAUAAAUAAAACAUACUUCUUACUUAUAGUUUUAAUGCAUAUUUCACGAACCCGCAAUGUAUAAAGAGCUCCGAAGUCAAUGGUCAUUG